GCAUGCGUGAAGAUGGUGCGCAUGCGCAGUGAGGGUUGUCUACAAAGGGGAGAAAGCAGGUGAGCAUGGCAGUGGGUACAAUGUCACUGGAGAGAUGUCGGAGUGAAUGGGAAGAAAUAGAGAAAGAAUAUCAACAGCUGCAGGAGACUCAUAAGGUGUACCGGCAGAAGCUGGAGGAGCUCACACACCUGCAGGUGAUCUGCAGCAGUGCGAUAUGCAAACAGAGGAAAGGCCUUAAGGAGCUCGGACACACACUUCGUCGAUGCGCAAAAUCUUGCGACGACAAAGAGUCUCUGGCCAUAAAUCACCUGCAGGCGCAGAUUAAAGAGAAGCGGAAUGUCUUCUUCGACAUGGAAGCCUACUUGCCAAAGAAGAACGGAUUAUACUUAAAUCUGGUCCUUGGAAAUGUGAACGUAACGCUGCUCAGUAACCAGGCAAAGUUUGCUUACAAGGAUGAGUAUGAGAAGUUUAAGCUGUGCAUGACCAUAAUCCUGAUGCUGGGUGCCAUCACAUGCCUCUUCCUGCUGAACUACCGCGUCACAGAUGAAAUCUUCAAUUUUUUAUUGGUGUGGUAUUACUGUACGCUGACCAUCAGGGAAAGCAUUCUCAUCAACAACGGCUCCAGAAUUAAAGGCUGGUGGGUUUCGCAUCACUACGUCUCCACUUUUCUCUCGGGUGUCAUGCUUACCUGGCCUGAGGGUGUGAUAUAUCAGACGUUUAGGAGUCAGUUCCUGGCCUUCUCCAUAUAUCAGAGUUUUGUGCAGUUUCUGCAGUAUUAUUAUCAGAGCGGGUGUUUGUAUCGGCUGCGUGCUUUAGGAGAGAGGAAUCAGCUGGAUCUAACAGUAGAGGGUUUCCAGUCAUGGAUGUGGAGAGGACUGACAUUUCUUUUGCCAUUCCUGUUCUUUGGGCAUUUUUGGCAGCUGUACAACGCAGUAACUCUGUUUAAACUUGCUGCGCGGGAUGACUGUAAAGAGUGGCAGGUGUUCAUGCUGGCUCUGACGUUCCUCGUGCUGUUCCUGGGGAACUUCCUCACCACGCUGAAGGUGGUCCAUCAGAAGGUACAGAAGAACAACCAGGAGGAGGAGGAACAGAAGAAAAACUGAAACUAUGCUCAACAACUAUGGUUGUCAUGGCAACAUCCUCAUCACUACAGAGACUGUGUGUGAAAGGAGAGUGAGAAGCUGUGUCUCAGUCCUCCAUGUACUGUUGGGCAUCUCUCGGAUGUGUUUGGUGAUGGACAUUUCAGUGAUUUUACACGCAGGUCAAACAUUUUUAUUGUGGUCGGAGUAAAUGUUUACACGUGAGCUUGCUGCUGGAGAUGCACACGUGAUCAAUGAUUCACAAAGGGACAGGGGAGGAAAAGAGUUCUCAGAUGUGCUGAUUGAUUAAACGAUGCUGAAUAAAAAUCCUGUGUUUCCUG